AUGGACAAAAAUCAUUAUUCACAGACACGAACGACGGCGAAUGAAAGUAUCGAUGAAUUAGUACAAAUUGUUCAAAGUCAUAUUUACAAUACAAAUCAUCCAACACUCGAUUUUGUUACAGCAUCAUCACCUCUGUUUAGGCACCCUAAUUUACAAUCAGAUGUUACACAGUAUACUUCACUUAUGGAGACAUCAGCUGCCAAGCAACAGCAACAUGGAGAUGAACAACGAAAUGAUUUUAUAGAAAAUAAUAGUAAAACGAAUGAUUUAUCUACUCAGCAUCACUAUCAAAAUAUUCAACAAAUAUUAGAUCAAUCAUUUUCGCCAUCUCCUACGAUAGCAUCUUAUGAUGUUGAUGCUAUUGUUGAUGCUAACAUUAUAAAUCCAUCACACAAAGAAAUAUUUAAUUCUAAACAUGAUGUUUUCGAACAAAAAGCGAAAAACGAUAAUUUCUUAACAACAACGUAUGAUACACCACCUCAAGUAAUAGCGUCUCCGAUAGUUAAAACGAAUUUAACAACAACUACAUAUACCGAUCGACAAAGCACAUCAUCGCACAAAUUACCGUCAGUUGAUAAAGUACUUGAACAACCAGUCAAGUUACAAAAAAAUGUUGAAGCAAAACGAUAUAAAACCAAAGAUGGUGAAAUUGUGAACAGUAUCGAACCUUUGGCUGUUAUUGAGGGUACAGAAGAAUACAAAAUACACAUUGAUGAAAAAGAAAAUCAACUUAAGCGAACAUCAGAACCUCAUAAGUCGACAAUUAUUAAAAUUGGACAUGCUACCGAUCUUGAUCAAGCAGCUGCAGCUAGUCGAAAAUCAUCACGAAAAUUGAAUGAUGAUCAUCAAGCUAUUCAAGAUCUCACGAAGGCUAUACAAGAUCGACAACGGUCUAAGGAUGAAAUUGUAUCAACAACUACCACCACACCUAUCAUCUCAUCAACCGCUGAAACAUCAAAAGAACAUCUGAUCCGUUUACCAUCGAAAGAUGACAAUACUAGUAUUGAAAGAAAAUUAUCGAUAUCAAACGCUUUACCAGCUACGAGCAUUCUAAAUGAUAAAACAAAUUUUCCGACAUUUGGAAAUGAGUAUAUCGUCAUUGAUGCGUUGAUAAAUAAUCCUCUGACCAUUGUUGAUCAACAACGAGAAAAAACAAAUUUCUUUAAUAAUCGAAUUCGCGAAAUUGAAACAAAUCUGAGAAAUCCCGAUUACAUUGCUUCACUAAAACAGUCUCAAAGUAACGUCAGCAUAUCGAAAAAAACAAAAGCUAAACCAAAAAAAGAACCAAAGAAAAAACAAGAAAAAGUUGACAAGAAAAAAUCUUCAAAAAAACCAAAAGAGACACCAGUUGAAGAAUUUGAUGCUGUGCAACACAUGACUGUAACACCUGUUCGUGCACCGGUUACUCUUAAAAAAACCUAUCAAUCGUUGCCAGAACAUACACCAUCAUCUUCGACUCAACCAAAUGUAAAUUUGUCUAGUUUACCAUUAACAACAACACCGUCAUCAAUGAGUGAUGAUGGACAUGUCACAACAAUUAGCGCCACACUCAUUUCAUCUCCUCCUCCCACUGCUAUUGAUUUGCCAGUAACAGUUGGUGUUGACGAAAAAGCACCGUUAUUAGAUCCGAAAGAGAAGAAAAAACUUGAUAAAGAAAAGAAACAACGCCACGAAGAGGAGAAAAAACGACAAAAGGAAGCGGAAAAGGCUGAAAAAAACAAAAAGAAAUUAGCAGAUAAACAAAAAAAGUCAAAAAAAUUGGCGACUGAAGAUCGAAAGGAUUCUAGAUCAAUCGACGCUGCUGUUAGUCAUCCAAUAAGCUCACGUUCAUCCGAUUCAUAUAUCAUAAAACAGGUCUCGACAACGGAUCAAUCAGUUGGUGGUAUGUUGGUGCAACCAACUGAAAAACGCGACGGUGAAGCAGUCGAUUUCUUAAUAAAAAUUGUCCAGGAAAUGUUUCUUCAUGGUGCAGCAGUUCUCACCGCAUCGUCAUCAUCUUCACCAACAACAAAACCUCCGAGUCAUACAGCCGUUCCCGAAUUAGUACCUCAGCAUCAUCAGUUAUCACGAGCUAGUGCACAAACAGAGGAUUAUAGAUACAUUGACGAGCGAGGCGUACUUGUAAGAGACUAUGAAUAUAAACCAUUAUUGUAUAAUGAACAAGGAAGGGCAGAUACUCAAUAUAUUCGUUAUACCGACAAUCAAGAACCCUCUCUGGGAGCUUAUGGAGGUUUAACUACCGAAAUUAUAAGACAGAAACCAUUUUUAUCUCAUAUCGAUGAUGAUGAUCAGUAUAUUCGGCCCAUUGACGAACUUGGACAACAUACUAAGCAGUUUUCGCCAAGAGAUGUUUCAGAAGAAACAUCUCUACAUGAGAUAGUUCGAAAACAACCGCCAACUACAGAUUAUACUCAAUUUGUUGAUGAACAAGGCAGAUCGCUGCGACACCAUGAGCCAUCGUAUUCUUAUGAAUACAGUGCGCGGGCUGAUGGGUCAACGUAUCAAAAUGAGAAAACUAAAACAACUAUUUCAACACCAACACCUCAUCAAGUUGAUAAUCGUACAGAUCAACGAAGAAUUAUCAAUGAUUACGUAGACGAUCGUGGUAGAAAAUUUAUUCCUAAAGUAGAAGAAAAACGAUGGGAAGGUGACAAAAUAGUGCCAACAACUAUAAAACGUGAAGACAUUGAAUUGCUAGAUAAACGUAUUCCUCAACUGAGUGAACAACAAAAUAUAUCUAUGCCAAUCAAACGAAACUCGAUAUCACGGCCGGAACGAAUGCAGGAGUAUACUCAACAGAAUAAUAAUAUUGAACUUGCGUGGUUACCGUUGAAUUAUGCUGAACAAAUGCCAAUAGGUUACGAAACAGAUUCAACGAUUAGUGAACGAUCAUUUGCUCCGCCACAUAUUUCAGCUGUUCCUUCGUCUCGACAAACAUAUACCCGUACAUAUUACCAACCAACAACGUAUAUAGAGUCUCGAUACAUGGAUCCAUAUUAUCGUCGAUUGUAUUCGAUGAAACCCGUCGAUUACUACGGUUCGUAUUACACGAGACCACCGUACACUGUUCAUCGUUCUGGACCAUUAUAUCAUGGUAGAAGCAUCUUACCAGAAUACGGCACUUCGACACGUAAUUACAUUGAAGUAUUUCGUGAUGGUGACACAAAACCUAGUGAAGUCUAUUCACUACCGCUAUUGUCAUCGUUAAUGAACGAACCUCCAUUACCAUCGUCGGUAAACAAUGAUCAUCAUUCACGUUAUGAUCAACAUCAUGGGAAAAAAUACUCGACUGCUCAACGUUUUCAUACAGGAAGAGGAGGUGAUCAUUACUGCUCAUCUACGUUACCAUCAUCGUCAGCAACAACAAAUAACCUCCGCUAUACAUCAUUACCAAGUUCUCGUUAUAAAAAUCGUUACAUGCCGAUACAUUACACAGAUUAUAAUAAACGAUAUGUUCCAUCUUACUUCCCGUCUUAUCCCGUUGAACAACGUUAUUCUUUGGGCAGAUGUUCUUGUAAUGAUAGAGAAGGUGGAUUCAUAACUCCACUCUAUACACCAACUUAUAAGCAACAUCAACGAUAUCCUGUUGAGAAUAAUCAUACUGAGAAUUAUUUAAGACAGUCUAAAAGUGCUACGUUUGACUAUAGACCGCUACGAAGUAAACUACAACGUGAACAUAAAAUAACACCUUCAUUGCUUGUUGACGAAAAAUGGGAUACUCAACCACAACAGUAUGAACAAGAAAUAUCUCAUUAUCGAUCGCCAAAUAAUAAUAGUAACAAAUAUUACACGACAGAUAAACCUCUAACUCAUAAAACUGAAACUUAUAAAACUGUAAACCCCUAUAGAAGGAGUACGGAUGAUGAGAAUAUUCAUUAUCGUUCUCAACAACAACAUUCGACUGAAUUAGCACAAAAUCGAGAUCACAGUAUGUCAUCUCCAGAUGAAGUAUUCAGUAGUACACCUUUAUCAUCGACGACAACGGGAGGAGAAAAAAGCUUUAUUUCAGGUGGUGAACACCAUGAAGAGACAAUAAUAAAUAAAGAUAUAAAUCCCAAUUCGUCGAAUAAUAAACCUUUCAAAGAAUAUCAUCAAUAUACAGUAGAAAAGACAUUACCCACAUGGCAAGUGGGACAACCCCGAAACGAUAUUGAUCCAAAAAUUACCGAUGAUCAUAUUUGGAAAAGUAAUCAAGAUAUUGAUAUUGGCAUAAAAUCCAAACAGACAACACCAAAAUUAGUUAAUGGUCAAACAGAUGCAGCAAAAAAUUUUAGAAUAUUAGAUAAUUCCCAGAAUUCAAGUUAUGAAAGUUCAAGAACAUUAACGAAUCGAGCAAGCUCUUAUAUUCAAAAAGCGCUUGCAUUAUACACAUUUCAUGCUCAAUCAAACAGAGAAUUGCCAUUUAAAAAAGGUGAUAUUAUUUCUGUUACUCGUCGAAUCAAUCAGGAUUGGUUGGAAGGUGAACAUAAUGGUAAUUUUGGAAUAUUUCCAUUCAACCAUGUUGAAUUAUAUCCGUACAGUGAAGAUAACAACACAAUAAAAGCAAACUCACAAAUCAAUAAUUUAGACGGUGAAGCAAUUGUAAAACAUGAUUUUAUUCCUCAGAAUACGUUUGAAUUACAAUUGAGAAAAGGUGAACGGGUCAUUUUAUUAAAACGAUUAGAUGAAAACUGGUAUGAAGGACGAUUAAAUAACGUUGAAGGCAUAUUUCCAUCAUCUUACGUUGAAACACUAAAAGAACCAAUUAAUCGAUCAGAAGGACAAACUAGAACAUCUAAUAAGCCUCACAAAAUAAAUGAAAAAACAGAGAAAAGUAUACCACAACAUACAAAUGAUAGUAAACCAUCACGAAAUGCGAGUAAGCAACAACAACAACAACGACGAACGAUGAUUCAACAACCAUCAAUUGAAAAAAUUCACUUGCCAUCUGCACAAAAUACCUUCAAAAAAUGUCAAGUGUUGUAUGACUACAUACCUCAACAUCCAGAUGAAUUAGAAAUUCAUGUUGGAGAUAUUGUGAAUAUUGUAGAAAUGUGUAAUGAUGGAUGGUAUGUUGGAACAAUCGAUAGUAAUGGAAAAACAUUACAAUUUGGUACAUUUCCGGGAAACUAUGUAAAACCUAUCAAGUAG